AAUCACAGUAUGACCUGAGGAAGUAAUAUACUGGGUCGCAACUACUUCUUUCACGACUAGCGUUUCAGAAUAACACUAGGUUUGGAAAAGGCUUUCAACAUUGAACACACUAUCUGUAGUUUACAAAUUUGACAACAGAAUGGCUGCAGACUGGCUGGGGAGUCUGGUGUCAAUAAACUGUGGAGUGACACUAGGUGUGUAUCAGGGCGAGGUGUCCUCGGUGGACCAGGUCAGCCAGACCAUCUCCCUCAGACAGCCCUUUCACAAUGGGGUCAAGUGUCCUGUCCCUGAGGUCACUUUUAGUGCCAUGGACAUCAAGGAGCUGAAGAUCCUGGACAUCAGAAACGGCGGCAGCCAGGUGGGUGUGGCGGACUCGGGCUGCUACGGCCGGAACGGCCGGGGCGGCGUCUCGGGGGCCCCGGCCGGCAGCGCCCCCGUGGCGGUACCGCGUAAGGGUGAGCUGAGGUCACAGGAGGGUCUCAGCUCGCCACAGCAGUGCUCCAAAAGCUACGGGGAGCGACACCUAGAGGCGCCCGGGCAGACCAAGGGCUUCCGCCGGAGACACAACUCCUGGUCGUCCAGCAGCAGAGGCCCGAGUCAGGCCACGCCCAAGAAGAACGGUCUGAAGAACGGCGGCGGGGCCAUGAAGAACAAAGAUGACGAGUGUUUCGGGGACGGGAUGGACGAAGGUCUCGACAAGGACUUCGACUUCGAGGGGAACCUGGCGCUGUUCGACAAGGCCGCGGUCUUCUCCGAGAUCGACACGUCGGAACGCCGUGGGAACGGGGUGCGGUCGCGCGGGACUCCAGGGGAGCGAACGCCCUCCCGCUACCGCCAUGAUGAGAACAUUCUGGAAGCCAAACCCAUCGUGUACCGGCAGAUCACUGUACCACAACACAGCGGAAAAGAGUACUGCACUGACUCGGGGCUGGUGGUGCCCAGCGUGUCCUAUGAGCUGCACAAGCGGCUGCUGGCGGUGGCGGAGCGGCAGGGCCUGACGCUGGAGCGCAGGCUGGAGAUGACGGGGGUGUGCGCCAGCCAGAUGGCCCUCACGCUGCUGGGGGGCCCCAACAGGCUGACCCCGAAGAACGUGCACCAGCGGCCGGCCGUGGCACUCCUGUGCGGGCCUCACGUCCAGGGGGCGCAGGGCCUGAGCUGCGGACGCCACCUGGCCAACCACGAGGUGGAGGUCAUCCUCUUCCUGCCCAACUUCGUCAAGAUGCUGGAGGCCAUCACCAACGAGCUCACGCUCUUCAGCAAGACGGGCGGCAAGCAGGUGUCCAGCGUCAAAGACCUGCCUGACACUCCAGUGGACCUGGUCAUCAACUGUCUGGACUGUCACGAAAACGCCUUUCUGAGGGACCAGCCCUGGUACCGGGCGGCAGCGGACUGGGCCAACCAGAACCGGGCCCCGGUGCUCAGCAUCGACCCCCCGGUGAGCGGGCAGGAGCAGGCGGUGGAGGCCAAGUGGUCCCUGUCCCUGGGCCUGCCCCUGCCCCUGGCGGAGAGCGCGGGGAGGGUCUACCUGUGCGACAUCGGCGUGCCCCGCCAGGUCUUCCAGGAAGUGGGCAUCAAGUACCACUCGCCCUUCGGCUGCAAGUUCGUCAUCCCCCUGCACUCCACAUAGCCUCCCAGCGAGGGGCAGCUCACCUGUGGCCUCCACUCCUCCCCCUGUGUUCCCCAACACAGAGUUAGCCUUAAGUUCCACAGCGAGAAUGACUAUGAACAUUGUUGACUGACUGUUGGAGGGCUGUAGCUGAAGUGUUAUAUUUUUUUGAGGGAAGAUAAAACAUUCACCUGGAGAGAGCGAUGCAGUGCUUGUGUGAGUGUUAGACUGGAGCAAUUUCAGCAGGACUUGAAUUUUGGUGUUUUCUUUGGUGGGUGUCACCAGGAAGGCAAAAGAUUCCCCUGAGGAGAACUGUGUGUGUGUUGGUGUAUGUGUGCGUGCAUACCUGCGCGCACUCACUCAUAAAACACAGAUUCUCCUCCAUCUCUGAUUGUGUUUACGGCGUGCUAAGUCUCCUGAAAAGCUACUUGUACAUUGGGUACUCUGCAUUAGCAGGCUGAACCUGAUUACACUUCCUGUUUUCUGCUCUACUUCCUGCUGGAUGCUGUGCCAGGCCCAGUGACUUGGCCUCUUUGACCAGAUGUAGGGAUUUUUGACAAUUUUCUUCUUACAGAGAGAAAAUAGUUUUCAGACAAUGGGAAGCUGAACAAAGUAAAUUUGAAUUAUUUCACUGUUUCUUUAAAAUUGUAUAAAAACAAGGAUUUGAGGAAUAUGGAGGGAUGUAUUGAAAAUGCGUUGAGAGAUUGGUUGCUUGCUGCUCAACUGCGGUUUGCAAGUUUUGGCACUAUUGUUCUGUUUACUGUUUAUAGCUUUAUUUUGAUUGUCAUUCCAGUAAUGGCAAUACACAAAAUGGCACACAAAAUGGCGGUCUCUUGUAAUGUUUCAGUCUUAUCUGGACAUUUUUUAAACUCUCCUUUAGGCUUUCAAAUACAAUAUUAAAUUGUGGACAUAAACACUGUUUUUAUGUUUUUGAAAGUUAAGUCAGACUGUACACUUGCUGUAAAAUAGAGACCAGAAGCUGAAUAUGUCAUGCGAUCAUUUUUGUGCCAAACCUUUUGUUUUAUAGUGUUCAAACGGCAGAACUUACCCUCUGAAAUUAAGCUUGGUGUAAAUGCCAUUUUUUUCUCUGCACAGACCUUCAAUCAAAAUCAGGUCUUGUUCAUGAAAAUCACUGUUGUGCAGUCUGUUUCUGUGUGUACAUGAAUAUUAACAGGAGACGGCAAUGAUUCCAGCCCUCUCUGUCUCUCUGUCUCUCUGUCUCUCUGUCUCUCUGUCUCUCUGUCUGUCUGUCUGUCUGUCUGUCUGUCUGUCUGUCUCUCUCUCUCUCUCUCUCUUUCUCUCUUUCUCUCUUUCUCUCUUUCUGUCUGUCUGUCUGUCUGUCAAAAAACAUGGAAGGCAUUAUACAGGAAGUGUUGUCUGUCAAAAUACUGCUAAAAUUGUCAGUGUGUAUUUUAGGAUGUGACACUUUUUCAUCGUUUUCUCAUAUAAUGAAAAAAAAAAAUUUCUGCUCUAUUCAUGACUGUGCUUUGACUAAAUCUAAUGCUGAAAAUGUUCCUCACAUCCUUCAAGAGUAAAAGGCAUUACUAAGUUUAAGUUAUGUUGCUACUCUUAAACCAUGUCACGUUUUAACCUAGCCUGUGCUUAGAAUGUCGUUUGAUGAUAAUCUAUAGAGAUCCUGCCUCUGGAUCUGUGAAUGUGGGUUUGUCCGCAUAUCAUUGGCUGGUCAGUGACCGCUCUGCAGUAACAUGUUUGCUCAUUGGUUGAGAGAAACCUAGUUUUUUGGUUUUUGUUUUCUAAUGGAGACCGUCUGUUUGCUCAAAUUCACUGCUCAUGUAGGCAUGGGAGCAUUGUCAAUCACUUGAGCAGACUGCUGUGUAAGUCUUAGAACUGUAUCAGUUUCAUUUCAUUUGUAUUCCUUUACAUUUCUAUUAAUUCUUUUUUUUUUUGUUUUUCUAUUGUGUUUAUUUUAUUUUGAGACAUAUCUAAUGUCUUGUCCAUGAAUACAUUGCUCUGUGUGUGUAGAAAUCCUGAACAGUGCUGUGCAUAUGCACUGGGCCUGUCUGUGAACAUGGGGGUUUCAAUGUCUUGGUCCAUGAGGGACUGUUUUGUUUGAGUUAGGCCAGGGGUGUUAAACAUGGUUCCACAAGGUCAUUGUGGCGCUUGUUCGUACCUGUUCUCCUGACUAAGUUGGCGUUAACCAUUUCUGUGCACACCUUCAGCUUUCUCAGAAUAUAGUGCUUUCUCAGAACAUCAAGUAGGACAAUGUUUCUGUGUUCUCCUAUGCAGAGUCCGGGCCUGGAUAUUCAGUCUGAAUGGUGAAAUUGUAGAAAUGCAUAGCGAGCACUAGGUCAUUGAUCAGUGGUGUUAAGGUGUUAGGAUGAAAGUUAUCCCUGGAACUCCAGGACCAGGAUUGCCUACACGGGGUCAGUAACGUUUGGCAAAAAAAUAGUAAUGAAUAGCUGGAAAAAAUGAGCGUGUGCAUUAUUGAUUUAGGAAUUGGGUUAGGGUUAGGGUUGUAUCUAGGCCAUGUUGUAUUUACUCUCUAUCUAUGCUCAUUGAGAAGGAUUGUCCACUACUGGACUGUCUUUCUGUCGGAGUAAGUGUGCCUGUGAAAGUCCUCUAACUGUUUGCUGCCAUUAACACAUACAGCUGGCCUGUGCUUCCGCUGUGCGUGUCCGACCUCGUCUUUAGAUAUGCAGACUACUGAUCUCAGAUGUAAUAACAGGCUGUUUGAUUCUUUCAUGGGCAAUGCCAGCGUUUUUGCCCCUCCAGCCUUCCAGCUGCAGUCCGAGCCGAGCCAUGUCUGACAUCGCCUUCAGAGGAGGGCCACUUUUCCGCUGUAUGAAGGAAUUAGUCUCUUCAUGCUGUCCAACCUCCGUGGGCAGAGGAGCGGAUUUUAUUUUCACACUUUACAGGGGAACGUGUUGUUGAAACGCCCUGUACUCAUUCCAUUGUUCCUGAUUGAAGCGGAGGACUGCUGUAACCCUGCUUUCAGGUUGUCAUUAGUUUUACAUCGGCGUCUGCAGUGUGAAAAUGGGGCCUACCCUGCAGGUGCUUAUACACCCAGUUUGAGUGACAGGUGGACACAGACCCCUGUCCUGGCUGUGUUGAAUUGGGGAGCUGGGGGUUCAUACUGGCCCUUUGUACACCCCAGGUCUCCCUGUGACAGAUUGUGAGCUAAAGCUGCCCUUUUUCUGUAGUUUCAUGGAAGAGACUGCAAUGGUGGGACUCCCCUUCAUGGCUGCAGGAAGUUUGUCAUAACUGAGCCUUUGUCAGUGACCACUUACCAUAGUACUUCUGGGGUUGAUUUUGUGGAUCUGAUAAAUUGUCUGUGUAUAUUGAUUUGGCUCGAGUUAUGACUGAAUCAGCCUGGUUCUUUCUCACCGUUUUGUUUAGUUAGCUUCAUUUUGUUUGUAUGCACUAAGAUGUCCAGUGCAUUUGUUUCAGUUGUGCAGGCUUGUGCUGGCUCUCCAGACUCGUAUUGGGCACUCCUCUUGGCUGUCUUUUCAAACCCAGCCUUUUGGAGUGACAGCCUGCCAACUGUGUACUUGUUUGUUGGUUUUGAAUAAUUCCAAGGACCAUUGUAGACCUGGCUGUUCCACCGGUCUGUUCUUGAAGUGAAGACGCUCUGUUCUGGGGAGAUGCGUCGGUACAGUUCCCUGUGUGGGAGCGGGUCUUAUCGUGGGAUCAAAGGAACAUCGCCGCGUUCCGAAUAUCUCAGUGGCUGAGGUGAUUCCUGCCUUCCUAAGGUUGGUGCACAGUAGAGUUAUCAUAGUUACCCAAGUCAUUGUUUUUCCUCCACAUGGAAAAUGCAGUAUCGGGAUGAAUCCGGUGUGCCCACCUGAAACCUGGAUUAUAAUUUGCAAAUAGUUUACCAAAAAAUAAAUGUGCUGAGGGGUAGAAAAAAGUUACUGCCACUAUGGGGUGGAUUAUGAUUUUGUGAAUGACAUUGUUUCAUCCUCUAGGUGGCUGUUGUACCUUUACAUUAGACUGAACAGCGCCAGUAUUACAGCUGACCUGGGGCAGCUGCCCUUGUAGAUGCAGGUUCCUCUCCAGGGAAAGGAGAGGGCACACCAGGGCUGUCCAUGUGCUAACCAUCCUUUUUGGGAGAAGGAGGCAGUGUUUUACCCCGGCCUUGUGAGAUUUACUUUUAAAAGCUCUCUUGUGUUUGAGCCUAAGGGUCACAGCUCUGCAGUAAAAGAGCAGUUUGUCAUUUGGAUCCUGUCAUCAUUAAUAUGUCAGAAUGGGAAAUAAAAAAUAAAGAAGUUGAAAACA